AUGGAUGCGCACUACAAAAAUGAAGCUGCUUCGGAUGUCGUAUCUAAAUCUACCCUGAUCGACGCCGAAUUGCAGGUUCAUUGGUUUGUUGGUUGGUGGAGAGCAGAAGAAAGUUCAUUUGUCUGCUCCGUCAUUUCCCGAUCGUCGCUGGGAUCAUUGCGGAACAAGGUUCUGCAGAAGACCGCUGUGGUUUUAUUGCGGGCAGCAAAAUCCCUGCGCAAUCAAAGUGUGGAAAUCCCACAGUCGUUUGAAACAUUCCUGUCUCCGCAUCGACAACAGCCUCCGGCAGGCUGUUCCAGUCAUUUACUACCCGGGUGGAUAGGGCCAGAUCGGACCGCACACGGUGUCGCCCCGUUUUGA